AUGGUGACGCCAGAGAACAACAAAGUAGAAAGGCGCAACGCGGCCUUGCUUCUUUCCCGAUACCGACAAUGCUUGGUGCACCACUCCAAAGAUGCCAGCAGUCAAAACGAUUACCUUGCUUGGUCCAAGCCUCAGGCAUUGGAGUUCUUGCGGAGACACAGGCUUGACCCAGUGGUGCCCGUCCCGGACGACUCAGUUGUUGUGAAGCUCGCCGAGGAGAUGAUAGAUAUAAUCGACGCGGCUCAUACUCUUGUCAAACUCGAGGACAAGGAUUUGGCAUCUGCAAUGUUCUGGUUCUUAUACGGAAAAAGAGAAUCCCCCCACUUGGAAGCCGUGAGCGAGAAGUUGAAGGGACGGAUCAGCCAGAUCAAACUAAAGGUUGAGCCCCAGAUUUCUUCAGGACUUCUUUUGGAUGCGCUUUCAGAGUGGGAGCCACCCACAAGCACAGAUCAUCACAUGUUCAACUCUUUUACUCAGUUGAUGUCUGAAUGGCUCACCUGCCAUGGUGCCCUCACUGGUGAGUGCCACUUGAACUGGGACGUCCACAACACUCUUUACCAGGUUGCACGAGUGUAUGACCACAACGUUCUUCAGCCAUACCGGGACAGGGAUAGAGUUGGCGCCAUUGGCUGCAAGGCCCACUAUGGCGGGCAAACCAUUUACUUUCAGGCACUCCGAGCUUGGUGUGGCGACGAAAUUCUGAGCCCUACUGGAAGGGAGUAUUUCAAUCCUUUCGUAGGCGUUGCGUGGUGCCUGGCAGGCCCCAAGGAUGAACAUCACUUGCAAUUCUUGGACAGCUUCAGAUCCCCACCCGUCUUUGAAACAAUCUGGACGGAAACAUCUGCGGCCUUUGAUGUCGUUCUUGCCCUGCUCACAGAGAAUCGCCGUGCUCUGGAUAUGGAGGGGACUUUGCCAGAGUACCGAGCUUUGGGGACAAAGUGGAACGACGUGGGAUGGAAUUCUCUGUCGUAA